GUUUAUAUGAGUGACAGUGACCCACAGCCACUUGAUUCAGAUAAACGAUGCUGGGUUUGAGAACCGCCGCCCGUACCCACUUGACCUCCUUACCCCUCCGCCGCAGCUCCGCCGCUCUCCUCCAGAAACAACCGUUGAUUUCCAAUCUACGUUUCCCUCUCCGGUCAUCCUCAUCCAUCAGAAUGUCGUCCUCCGAUUCCAGUUCCCAUUCGAACCCCAACCAAAUCAUCGAGCACAUCGUGCUUUUCAACGUCAAGCCCUCCGCCGAUCUCUCCGCCGUCAACGCCAUGAUCAGCAACCUCAACGGCCUCAUCUCCCUCGAAUCAGUCCUCCACAUCUCCGCCGGUCCGAUUUCACGAUGCCGGUCCAAGUCACUCGCCUUCACACACAUGCUCCACUCCCGAUACCGGUCCAAAUCCGACCUGGUUUCCUACUCGGAGCACCCGUCUCACGUCAGCGUCGUCACCAGCUACGUCAAACCCAUCGUUGAUGACAUCAUGGCCGUCGAUUGGAUCGCCGAUGACUUCUCCGGAUCGCCGGCUGUUUCUCCCGAUUCGGCAUUGCGGUUGACGAUUUUGAAAUUGAAGGAAGGCGCAGGGGAGGGUGGAAAAGGCGAGGUUUUGGGGGUUUUGAAGGGGAUUCGGGAGAAGUUUCCUUCGAUUGAGCAGCUGACUGUUGGGGAGAACUUUUCUCCGGCUAGGGCUAAGGGUUUCUCGAUCUGCUCCAUUGCGGUUUUCAACGGCAGGAAUGAAUUGGAUGAGCUGGACGCGCAAUCGGAGCUUGCGAACGAGCAGAAGGAUAAGGUCAGGGAGUUUCUCGACGGUGUUUUGGUGUUGGAUUACGCCGUUGCAGCACCGGUUCAAGCUGCUACCCUCUAAGCGUGAUUUAAGAUGCGAUGUGUUUAAGGCAGGCCCUUGAAGAAAUUUUCUCUGGAUACGAAAUGAGAUGAGAGUGACGAGAUCUAGAGUUAAUGAGUCGUAAGAGUGCUGAAUGCCGUAUCGUUAUUCGUUACACAUCAAUUUUUGUUCUAGAUUUCUGUAUGGAUUCUGCAAGGAAGUGUUUGGUUCACCGUUUUCAAACUUUUGGUGGUGAAAAUCGACCGUUUUUACUUGUGCAUUUGAGAGGUGGGCUCGGCGCGCUGUAUAUCAAUUAUCACAAUGUUAGUGUGUCCUACACUGGUUAUUAAGUGAAAAACUGACGUUGUGCACCCCUA